UCUGUGGGGGGAAGCGAGGAGAAAGGGAGGCAGAUUGUAAGCAUCACGACUAUAGGAGGACUCUCUGUUCCUUUCAUCUGCAUAUCGUCUGAGUAUUAUCGACAAUAGAGUUCUAGUUUUAGGAGGCCUGUCAGCGUUUAAAUAGGGUUUAGUUGUGGUUAAACGCCAGUGGGAAACGUUGCCGUUUGUUUCGAAGCGUUGGAGACUCUGUUGUUGUUGCUUUGAAAAGUUUUAAUGAAGAUCGCAAAAGGAAGUCAACACAGGUGGCGUUACUAGCGUUAAAUAGAUGGCGACUUUACGAAGACUGUGGAUAGAUAUAAAGUGGAUAUUUAACAUAUUUGCGUGAAGAAGGAUGCGCUGAUUAUCGUAGCAAAAAAACCAAAAAAACCGAGAGAAUCCGUCAUCGGUGUUUGCAGCUGAGCUACCUGCGUUAUUAUUGGGGGUUGGGAUGUUUUGGGAGGUCGUCGUCACCAUUAGAGGCUUAACCAAAACGUUAAGUUAGUACGCUGCUGAGUGAGCACCCCCCCUCCCUGUUUUGGUGUCGUUGAGAUGGGACACAGAAAUGCACCGCGACGGAACUAUGGUUCAGGUGGAGGAAUUUGAGACGAGCUGUAAGAGUAGCCAGCUCGCUAGUUAAAUCACUAGUCGUCAGAUUGGUUACUCGCUAGCAAGCAGAUUGACAACCCCAUACCCUCUAACGCUAACAGGCUAUCAGCUGUCUUUGUGUGGACAACACAGUGCGACUCGAUGGAAGCGUACAGUAGCAUGCUAACAAAGCAAUGCUUUGUUGUUGGAUAGGGGGCAGCUGGCACCAACACACAGGCAUCAAAGCAAGAAUAUUGCUUAGCUAAGACUCGAGGGGUUUGGGGUGGUCCAGACACCGUUGUGUGUGUGUGAACUUAAACGAAGAGAAGACAACUGCAAGAGACCCUGAAGGCAACCUGAUGACACUGGACAACAUGAAGUCGGAGAGAGAUGCAACGGAGGAGUUUUUCGAGUACGAUGCGGAGGAGUUCCUGGUGUUCCUGACGCUGCUCAUCACCGAGGGAAGGACACCAGAGUAUUCUGUGAAGGGCAGAACCGAGGGGCUGCACUGUCCUCCAGCCCAGUCGGCCAUGCCGCCUCAUCACAAGCACGAGUGCAGCGACAAAGUGCCCCAGUGUCGGCAGGCGAGGCGAACCCGCUCAGAGGUGAUCCUUCUGUGGAGGAACAGCAUCCCCAUCAUGAUCGAGGUCAUGCUCCUGCCAGACUGUUGCUAUGGUGACGAGUGCCCCCCGAGUGACCCCAUCAGCGACCCGGUCAUCAGACAAGAUGCUCUGCUGCUGGAGAGAUGGACCCUGCAGCCAGUUCCUAGACAAAGCGGCGAUCGUUCCAUUGAGGAGAAGACCCUGCUGUUGGCUGUUCGCUCCUACGUCUUCUUCUCACAGCUCAGCGCCUGGCUCAGCGCCUCCCAUGGCAUCAUCCCGAGAAACAUCCUGUACAGGAUCAGUGCUGCUGAUGAGGAGCUGGUGUGGAAGUUUUCCCAGCCGCCGUCAGAACACAUUUUCCCCAUCCCCAAUGUAUCCCAAAGUGUUGCACUGCAGGUUCGUGUCCAGUCGCUCCCCCGCCAACCCACCUACCCCACCCUGGCCUGCAGCAUCCACACCGGCCUGCCUCCGCUCUACAGCAAGACCCCCAGCCUCAACCCCAACUUCAACUGCCAUGGUGGACCGCCCACCCACAGAAAGAGCCAGCAGGACCCCGGCAAAGAAAACCUCCUUCCCAACGCUAACAUGUACAGCAAGAGCUCUAGCUCCAUGUCCGGCCUUCUCCUCAAUGGAUUACCCAUUCCUAAUCUCCCCAUCAACAACAUCCCCAUCAACAGCCUCCCCCACACGGCUGCCCCCCCUCCUUACAGCAAGAAGGAGCCCGGUGAGGACUACACGUUUCAGAAUGGAGAGCUCCCGCAGGUCAACAUCCCCCAGCGUCAGGGCUCCCCGCUAUUCCACAGGUCCACUCACUCCCCCACGCCGCCCCGCUCUCACUCCCCCUCUCCACUUCCCACUAGUAAAGCAGGGAAGUGGCUGUACGCGGCGCUCAACGGUUCAUCCGACCCGAAAGAAGUAGGGGACUUCGGGUCGGUCCCCAACAGCAGUGUUAGGACAAAGAAGCCCAUGCCUGAGCCUCUGAGAGCUUUUAAGAACUUCUCAUUGGCCGAGCCUCCCCGAAGCCCCUCCCCCAGGCCCUCAACCGAGACAAACCCCUUAAUUGGCUCCCUGCUGCAGGAGAGACAGGAAGUUAUCGCCCGCAUCGCACAGAGGCUCAAUUUCUGCGACCCCACAGCACCGCCACUCCCCCCCGGCCUUUUCGCCUCCGACAACCCUCCCAAAGCCAUGUGGGGCAGUAACCACGACGACCUAACUGCCAGUAAGACCAAAGAGCCUGAGGUACCCCCCUGCGAGUUUGUGGGACGUGUGUGGCCCAGUCCCUUCAACACACCCACCACUGACCCUGCUUCCUUCAGCAAACGAGAGAGCUCCUCCCCUAAACCUACAGCAUGCAGGAAGCUGAGAAUGACCGAGACAAGAGAGGGGGGGGAGGCGAGGAAGGGAGAGAGGGAGAAAGAGAAAGAGAGCUCUCUGAUCGCCCAGGCAGUACAAGACAUAACGAGACUCAUCCAGGAGAGGCUGUGCGUCCCCUCGCUGUCCCCGAGGCACGGCGGCAGCCACCUGCACCACACACACACAACAACAGUCACACACACGGUCCGCACAUACUCACACCCCCCGCACACUGCCACCAACAGCUCCACUAACGGACACACACCCAGCCAUGAACCUCACACAGGCAGCAGUCGCACACACACGCCCUUUUGCACAGACACGCCCGGGGUCGAUCCGGGGACCGAACGCCAUUCUCCCCGGGCCCAAAAUGGUGCUCACCUUACACUUGAAGAACCUUUAUUCAAAGACCGGUCCUACGCUCAGGCUGGUCGACGUUUACGAACUCCCCCACACGAAAAGCUCAGAGCAAGGACACCCAGCAGCCAUGAAACCCUCUCCGCCUCCCCCGUCCUUGAGAGCAGGAAUGCCCAGAUUUCUUGUGGGACUUGCAAUGAUGCGAGCCCCGCCAUGAGCCACAACCACAGCAAGCCUCAGCUCCAGUCGCAGGUGCAGGUCUGUGCUCAGGCCCAGGCCGCGUUCCCCGACGAGAACCAGGCACCAUCACAGACCGGAUGCUCCAACACCUCCAGUCCAGACAUGACUCCCCCUUCUACUGUCCUGCGGUCUCACAGCCCCUCCCCGCUGCGCCCCUGCAACACGUGGAAGAAACACAACCGCCACUCGUUAGACGCCACAGCGACCAAGGCCUUCCACCCCUGCACAGGCCUGCCUCUGCUCUCCAGCCCUGUUCCUCAGAGGAAGAAUCAGACAGGCUACUUCGACCUGGACACCUCUCUGGCCGGCUGUAAGGGUUUGCCUUGGGCCUCUGGGAAAAGGGUGUGUCCGAAGAGAGAGGGGUACACCGAUGAGUCACAGCAGCUGUUCAGUGCCAGCGCUCCACCUGCCAGUCUCAGUCUGCUGGGAAACUUUGAGGAGUGUGUGCUGAACUACCGCCUGGAGCCUUUAGGGCUGGUGGAGGGUUUCACAGCCGAGGUGGGGGCCAGCGGGUCUUUCUGCCCCAGUCACCUGACCGUACCUGUGGAGGUGUCCUUCUACAGCGUAUCCGAUGACAACGCUCCCUCACCGUAUAUGGGUGUUAUAAACCUGGAGACCCUGGGGAAACGGGGCUACCGUGUACCUCCAUCAGGAACCAUUCAAGUGACCUUAUUCAAUCCCAACAAGACAGUGGUGAAGAUGUUUGUUGUGACGUACGACCUCCGAGCCAUGCCAGCGGGACACCAGACCUUCCUGCGCCAGAGGACCUUCUCUGUUCCCGUCCGCCGUGACACAACUAAUCAGAGUAGGAAGCCCCUCGGACGCACCCUGCGCUACCUCGUCCACCUGAGGUUCCACAGUUCGAAGUCUGGGAAGAUCUACCUCCAUAGGGAUAUCCGUCUGCUGUUUUCCAGGAAGUCCAUGGAGGUGGACAGUGGAGCGGCCUACGAGCUGCAGUCCUCCACAGAGUCACCGAUGGACCCACCUUUCUCCCCCCGCUGCUGAGGCGACCACCAAAUGUUUCAAUCACACCUCGAUGCCAGCGAUAGACUCUUCCGCAGCCCAUGGCUAGACAAAACGCUCUAAAAGAGAAGCAAUUUCAGGACUGCAUUCAACAAGACUCACCUGGCAUGUGCCCUAAAUCUCAAGUUACCUCCCUUCUGUCACCCAGAACUGACAAGGGGGGAGGGGCUAAGAACCUGGGAAACUCGUCAGACAUUGUUGAGACAUUCGAUCAAAGGUUACGGUUAUAGAGUGUGUUUCAGAUCCUGUUUUCCUGUUUAAGAAGGUCUUGCCAGAUAUGAUAGGUCAUGUUUUUCCCAGCUGUUGUGUGUAUCCCCUCCAGCGUCUGGCAGGAGAGUAGAGACCACUGAUCGUCUACAGAAGACACUUAAAUUAUUUCACUCUGUUUACUCAAAUCAAAAUGUUAAUUGGACCUGACAUGAUGAAUAAGUGCUCAAUCUUAAUUCAUUUGUUCCAAAUGCAAUACAAGGCCCUUUAAUAUUUAGUUUUGUAUCCUUGAAGAUUAUAUUGAACUGAAAGUGAACUCUGCUUCGACCCUGUGAUUCCUGAGCAGAGGGAGUAAAUAUGGAGGAGUAGGUGGUGGUGCAACGCCUUCCCCUCGUCUAAAAAAGAAAAACGCCAUGGACCAGUGAAUAUGUUGAACAAGCAAUCAUCAAGAUUCAACUGAAAGCAUCACAGCUGAACAUCAAAAGUGCACUGUGGAUUUUUGUUUCCCUCAUUAUAACUGGAAGUAAAAACUGAAAAUAGUCAUAUUCGAAUACUUUUGUACUGUUACAGAACCACUUUAUUGGAAGUGUUGCAAUAGAAAGAGUAACCUUAGUUUAGUGUUUACACAUUCACUCUCAGUUUACUUACCAUCGUUUUAUUUAAUAUUUAAAUUAAUAUUUCAGUUACUACUUGUGACGUCUGUCAUGCUAAGAUGAUGUAGUGGAAACUGUUUAUCAUAGUAUGUAUUUUUGACAUUAAUAUUCAAAUCUGAAAAAAAUAUAUAUCUAUAUAUCUUGAAA